GGAAACAAGAAUUUUAAAGCCACUCUCUGACACUGGCCAGUCACUAACACUUGCACUUCAAAGAAGAGAUAGAGGCAAGUAUUUGAUAUUUUAUGUAGUUGUUACCAGGAGUUGGUUGGACACCGUUCUGAGUUUAAAUGUCUGAGUAACAGAACUUCUUUUCCUGAAGGUAAUUGGCUCCUCCUCUAGUCAUCAUUUCCUGUUAUUUGGAAGAUAUUUAUGAUCACAGCAUCUUUCAAAUGGAACGCCUUACUGUUGGUACACAAAGAUUUGACAGUGGGGCAGAGUUCAUGUACAAGCUGAAUGGCUUCCUGAGUAGCUUAUCAGCUUUCGUGUUGGAAAUACUCAUUGCAAGCAGCUUAUGUUGGCGCCUGUGGGAAUUUGACAGCAAUGUUGUGCAGUUUGUGUCCUUUGGACUAUGGGAAGCAUAUUAUCCUCAACAGCUUAAUGUCUCUGGGACACUGACCAAGAUGCUGGUGUAUAUCCCAAUUGAUUCAACUUGGAAAAUUUCAACUGAAUUUUUGUAUGCACAGAAUCUGAUAGUAUGGGCCAUUUUGAUGAAGCCUGUGGUUAUGGUUUUCAGUGCAAUGGCAAUUAAGAUCAGCUUCAUGAAAGACCCACUUGUGGAGAUGCAGAUAUAUUGCUACAAGAUAUCUGCCAUAAUUUUGUGUGUCAGCAGCAUGUUCACAUUUGUUUCUGUGACCUGGAACCACAUGGUAGACAUUUAUGGUCAAACCACUCUUGAAUUUCCACCUGAUUUUCCUGUUAAGAAAGAAAUCUUAAGAAGCAAACAUUUAACUGCAGUGUUCCCAAUAGGCCUCCUAAUUGCCACCAUGUCAUUCUUUGGUGUGUUCAUGUUUGUCUCUGAGAUAAAGCAUUUGAAACUACAGAGUUCUCUGAAAGACAAGUGUGGUUCCAAAACAAAUCCACCCGAGGCCUGAAUUUAGGAACUAUGCAUUUGUAACAUCUAUGAGAAUAUUCCUUGAGAAUUUUCUCAUUUCAACAGGAAACUCAUGUGGCACUCAACUCAUUCUAAAUAAAUUUGUUCUAUAUCAAGAA